AUGGGGAAACCGAGGCGAGAAAUUAUGUUCGACACGAUUGACAUAAGCAACAUUGCAUGCCCGGACAGGGCUGGAGAGCACGGCACUAAUAUCGCAGACACCAUGAAACUGUUUGCUGAUAUGCAGAGGCGGACGCCGGGAUUCCACCAUGUGGAAGAGAUAGAGAACAAUGUAGUGCGCAGCCUGUUCUGGACAGACUCCUUGUGUGUCGACAACCACGGGUCGACUGUCCUGUUUGGAGUAGGCCUUUUGAAGGAUGAGAAAAUAGGGUCAUUCAAGUGGCUCCUAAGCACGUUUGUCAAGGAAAUGGGAGAUCAAGACGAGUUUGAGCGUGCCUGGAAAGCAGCAAUUUCUCUGCACAAGGCGGAAGGCAACAAACACCUGAACACACUAUGGGAACUCCGAAAUUUCUGGGUGCCGGCCUACUUCAUGGACUGUUUCUAUCCUUUCUCGUCAACAACCACUCGGAGUGAGAGCACAAAUUCGAUGUGGAAGAAUUACGUCGACCACAAGGACACUAUAAAAAGGUUUGUUAAUGCGUAUCACAUGAUUCAGCAAAAUUGCCUCGCCACGCUUGACAAGAAAAGACACCGAACAGAAGAGAAGGCGCCAUCACUAGAGACGGGUUUUCCGAUUGAAAGACAAGCAAGUCAAGUAUACACGAAUGAAAUUUUCAGGAAAUUCCAGCUGGAGCUACGGCACCAGACUUACUUCAAGUGCUCUGACCUGGCAAAGGGGAGGCAGUAUUUUUUAAAAAAGAUUAUUGAGCCUGGGGAAAAAGUGUGGAAACCAUAUCCGGGCGAGGAAUUUGACAGGUCUGAGUUCAGGGUAGAUGUGGAUGAGCAAAAAGAAAUAUACAGUUGCAACUGCAAGAAAAUGAGUAGGGAUGGCAUUCAGUGCUGCCAUGUGCUUAAGUUGAUGGACCAAACAGGCAUGAUCGAUCAACUUCCAAAAUCCUUUGUCAUCCCCAGAUGGACCAGGAAUCUAUCAGAAAGUCUGAAAGUUCUGUCUACAAGUCAAGGUGAUAGCAUGACCAUACAAGACGAUGAAACUAUGAGAUUCGGCCUCGCUUACGCUGAGUUGUCGGAUAUCUGUUCAAAUGCUUGCAGAAAAGAGAAGGCAUACCAUGUGCUGCGUGAGUGUACGGUAGAUAUGAAAAUAAAAGUCAUGGCGGCACUUGCCGAGGAACCAGACACAGGCAUUCUUGCCGAAACUCUCAAGAACCCUCCCAUGAGUGGCUCAAAGGGUACGAAAAAAGGAGAUCGAAUCAAAGCUGGUUCUGAGAAGAAAGGAAAAGGCAACAAAGCCGCAUCCAAGUGCGGCCGUUGUGGAGUAAAGGGUCACAGGAAAACAAACUGCCCGGAUAACCCAGAAGUCCAGGAGAGGAUGAGGAUUGAAGAGGAGAAGAGGAAAUCGCAGCAGGAGAAGAGGGCAAGGUAA